AUGUUCAUCGAAGCAACACGGAGAUUUACUGUUUUGUCCUCCCAUCUCAACCCGACCCGUUUGGCUUCGGAUCAACGCCCUUUUCAUCUAUCCGGUUCGGGUUGUUCAUCUGGUUCCGAUUCCGAAACGCGAUUGGGUGAUAUCAAGAAUCAGAGUUUGGUACAUGAUGAUUGUGUCUUCUGCAGCAUCAUUCGUGGUCAAUCUCUUGCCGUCAAGCUUUAUGAAGAUGACAUGUGCCUAUGCAUAUUGGAUACAAAUCCGUUGAGUCAUGGGCACUCACUCAUUAUCCCGAAAUCUCAUUACCCUUCAAUAGAUACUACUCCUCAAUCGGUGGUAGCUGCAAUGUGUUCCAAAGUUCCCUUCAUUAGUAAUGCAAUCAUGAAGGCUACUGGCUGCAGUGCAUUCAACCUGUUGGUUAAUAAUGGAGCAGAUGCUGGACAAGUAAUAUUUCAUACUCAUAUCCACAUAAUUCCCCGUAAAGCAUACGAUUGUUUGUGGGAUUCUGAGAGUUUGCUAAGGCGUCCCCUUAAGUUGGAUGAUGAGAAAGUUUCUCAGCUUGCAGCUUGUAUUCAAGAACAGUUGUUGGCAUCAGACAUUAGCCAAGAUAGUAAGAAUGAAGAUUUUUGUUCAAGCAAAAGUUAG